UUUCCGAAGCUGCUGAAUCAAACUGCUGUUCCUCACAGCAACAACAACAGCAGCAGCAGCAGCAGCAGUAAUGGCAGUCGAGCUGUGAGACACAUGUUACAACUGAGCCGAAACACACAUUGCCGCUGGAGCCGAGAGAGAAGACACUUAAGCAAAAAUGUCUCGGCACAGAAAUGUGCGAGGUUACAACUACGAUGAAGACUUUGACGAUGAUGACAUGUACGGACAGUCUGUGGAGGAUGACUACUGCUGUAUAUCACCAGCAACAGCGAAUCAGUUCAUCUACUCACGUCAAGGAGUGCAAGCACCAAAGGAGGAGACUUUAGAAGAGGAAGAAGAUGAAGAGGAGGUACCCACAUCCCCUACCAUCAGCCACAACCUUAACCCUCUUGACCAAGCCAAGCUAUACUCCUGUCUAGACCAUAUGCGGACUGUGCUGGGAGAUGCAUUGCCAGACUCAGUCCUGACCCAGGCAGCCAUAAGAUGUGGAUUCGACCCGCAGAAGGCUCUGGAUGCAGUUCUGUCUGAAGACGCUAAGACAGCCCCAGUAACCAGAAGUACCGAUGACGAGACGGCUUCUGCAGCAAGAGUUAGCCAGGAGAAAGCACCGCUUCCACAAAGAACCAAACAAGAGGCCGUGGCUGAGAAAGGAGCCUGUUUGUCUGCUUCUCACACAGACAUUACACCCAAUGCACAUAAACCCCAAACAGAUCGGUGCAAACGCACACAACCGCAUGUGCAAGCAAGUGCGACAAACUUGCGUGACCUCUUAAUGCAACAUAAGGCUGACCCCGUGGUUAGCAGCUCUGAACAUCAAAAUUGUAUCCAUCAAAACGGUGGUCCAGGUGUUAGCAGUGGUGCCAGCCUGGCAGAGCUCAUGUCUGGGCAUCGGCAGAAGAGUAAGGCGACAGGAGUAGUUGACAUAGGGCGUGGUUUGGGUGUGCCUUCAUUAAGUGCUCUCACCAUAGGAUCUAAUUCCCCUCCUUCCAUUAUACCUAAUCAGAAUAGUCUUUCAUUAGGAACAUUGGCAUCUUUAAACAUGACUUCAGCAUUUCACGGCUCAGCUCCCUCCCUCCUCUCAGUUCCACUCAGUAGUCUGUCGCUAAACAACCCCAAGAUAACAACUGCAAGCUCUUCUCUGGCUGCUCCUCCUGGGUUUGGGAGUCUUAGUUCUGUCCUCUUGAGCAAUCAGCCCUCAGUGGGAGUUGAGACUGGAGGCAAAGCCGCAAUGGCUGGUCCUAAGGGAAGCCCAUCACUGGCUGAUUUGAUCCAGGAACAUUCAAACCGCAGCCCAACCAGCAGCAACUCCUUUCCUACUCCCCAAAGUGAUAUAACUUCUGUGACGUGUCAGGGGAUGGCUGCACCAGCACAAACAUUCUCACUGUCUGGGCUCGCUUCACAGCACCAAAACAGGAAUGCACGCAUUCAAUCGCAAUCACAGAGCACCGAUCAAACGGCAAACACACUCGACUUUUCUAAACCAACCAACAAUCCUGCAUGCCUAGGUGGGACUGUCUCAUUGUCUCAGCUAGCCCUGCAGCAUCAAACCAACAGUUCCUUUACUUCCCUUCAACCUGUCAGCGUUGACUCUCCAGCAAAUGCACUGAAACAACCACCUGGCAUCUCUGAGCUGCUCCCUUUGUCACAUUUGGCGUCUGAACACAAAGGCAAAACCUCAAACACCUCAAAUGGGUCACAGUACUCCCUCACCUCGCUCCUUUCACCAGCAAAACCAGAGAAAGCUGGUGUGUUAGCAGACAGUACUACAGAGGGCGGGACCAAGUGUAAACUCAACCACAAACCAUACCACCAAAACGUCAGGCCACCUAAGCUGAAGCAGACUAUUGAUUUGAGUGCACUCAUAGCCCAGUCAGAUGGAGCAGGCCCUCGUCACUUUGACCUGGACCUCCCUUCUCCGUCCUCUCCGUCUUCGCCGUCUUCACUCGCCACGGGGCUGGAUUCUUCAGUUUUUGCACAACCAUCAGUAUUUGCGAUUACUAUGUCGAUUCAGAGCCACAGACAACAGAAGAAGACGAGGAAGGGAAAAAUAAGAGGCCAGAGGACAGGAAGUGGUUACCAGGCCUUCCUGUGUAAAUCACCGGACAAAUCCGAAGAGCAGCACACGCCACUCUCGCCAAUUGUACCGUUCGGCUUCGACGCGCCUUCACCUGACGACAUCGUCCGUGCUAAUCAGAGAAAAGCUUUCACCAGGUAGACGAGGAAAAAAAAUAGCAUUUAACUCAGCUGCGUCCAGCUUGGUGCUAAAUUGACUCAGUUGGUAUGGAAGCUCAGACAUUUUCGGUCUUUCCUCCAAAGAACUCAAAAGAGAUGCAGCACUCAGGGCCAUCAGUCUUUUUAACUGUGUCCUACAACCAGUCAUGUGGAGUAAAGAAACUUUUGGGACCAACAGUACUUAAGAAUGACUCGCUGCUUAUCACUGCAAAAAAACUCAGCAUUCUGUAUAUACAACAGUGUUACACCAUUUAUGUAUUUCUCUUUUUAUAGAGCCAAGCAAACAAGUCUUAUGUUGCUACUACAUACACAACAAUGAUAUCUGAGUCAAGCGGGAUACACUUCUCAGUGUCUCUGGCAGCUUGAAAAUAAUCAGCAGCUAAAGGAAUAUUAGUAUUUUAAGAGCUUUUAGAACAUUUCUCUCAUUUACUGUACUUAACAUUUUUUUCUACAUUUUAAACUUGAGUCUUAUUUUCCUAUGCUCGGAUGGCCAUUGGCUUUUUUAAUUGACAUUUUGUUUUGUAGAGAAAGUAAAGUAGUUUAAUCUAAAGCCAGGGAAAAUUCAAAGUAUAUCUCUUUCUGCAUGGCCUCUUUUCUAGAGGUUGAGCUGCAUGAACCCUCAAAAGAGAAAAAGAGGUUGAUUUUAGUUUGCAGGUGUGCUGCAGCUAUUGGAAUAUGGAUCAGUUAACCAUUGUUCUGGUUUACUGCUGCCUGUGUUUCAGAUCAUGGGGUAGACAUUUUGGUUUAGAGGACACCUGGAGAUUUUCCCAUGAGGGAGCGAGAACAAACACACACACACACACACACACACGCACGUGCAUGCAGACACACACUAACACACACUAACACACACUUGCACCGACAGACAAAUGAACACUGUAUGAUAUUGAAGAAAUGAGUUUACUAUGAAUGCCAGCACUGUGCAUAAAGAGUGCACUGGAUGAGUCAAAAUGAAUCCCCUCAAGAGGUAAAAGUGUUUUUUCUGGCUCUUAGCCUUUAAUAUUCUGAUGUACAAAUGAGUUUAAUUCACACGGGGUGUGUCACCAUGACACUCUGCCAGAGGUUAAUUUGUCAAUUUUGAAAUAAAGAUGACUGAAUGUACGUAAUCUGAA